CUAGUGUUUCUCUCUUUCUUCUCCCCUAACUAUCUGAGGGGUUUUCGCUAUAAAACCUUCACCCCUUUUUUCUUAACCAACCCAUCUUCCUUUCACACCUAUUUUCUCUUUCUUCUUCCUUCCUAACGUGGAAAAAACUAAACCAGAGCCAAAAAUGGAGUAUACUGGAGUUGCAAGGAGGCCUUGUUUCAUAGAAGAAGAUGAUGGCUUGGCUUCUCUUGCUGAUAUGGAAGCUGGGUUUUCCGGUCAUAGUCACAAUGCUUUCUUUUCCAGGUCUCUUCGUUACACACGGCGGAGUAGCCUGAGGAAUCUCGCUUCCUCCAUUCCUUCUCCGAGAUCUGCUAGGUUCUACGACGCUAGAUUUGAGGAUCAGCAGCCCCAUUUCUUGGAUUCAUGUUUUCUCUGUAAAAAGCCUCUUGGGGAUAAUAAAGACAUCUUUAUGUACAGAGGGGAUACACCAUUCUGCAGUGAAGAGUGCAGACAAGAGCAAAUAGACAUGGAUGAAGCGAAAGAGAAGAACUUGAACUUUUCUUCUUCCAUCACAGCCUUGAGAAAAAAGGACCAGAAAAAAUCUCCUUCGCCAACCAGAGCACAAGACUACCCCUUCAGAACUAGCACUGUAGCAGCUGCUUGAAUUACCUCUCUCUAAGAAAUACCUACCGGAUUACUAGAUAUAAAUAGUAAAAAAAAAAAAAAGUUAUAAAAGAAAAGAAGGGCCAAGGAGAGAGAUGACGAUGAAGAUGAACAAGAAGAAGCCCCCUCUGAGGGGUUUUUUUCAAAAAUAUUUUUUUAAUGAAAAAAUAGAGAGAAAGCUCAAAGCUCUAAAUUGUGAAUCUUGAUAUAUAAGAAGAGGAUGUGAGUUAGCUUGUUUCUACUCUAUGAUAUGGCUCUCUUUUUUUUUUUCUCUCCCUCUCUUUAGAGUUUAGUUUGUUAAUGGCUUGUACUGCUAAUGUAUCCCCAAGGUACUGUAAACAACAAAGGAGAGGAUUUUUAUCUCUUCUUGAUGUAUCCAUAAGAAUGAUAAUCUUGUUUUGCUUUUCCAAUAAAAUUUCAACGGUGAAUCUCAGAGUUUGUUAGGAUGUUAUAAAUUUCAUGAAACUCAAUUUAAUUUUGCAUUUCUUUACCAAUUUUUGGAAGGAGAAAAAGAGGGUUGGAGUGGAAUUUGGGAAAGGAAGAAAAGAGAGCUUUUCUGAGGAAAAGUUUUUGCUUGUUAUGUUAUUAAAGUUUGAGCCAUUUUGAGGAGCCUGCAGCCAGGAAUGGUAGCUAACAGCUUCCCACCAAGGAAACAAGGAUUGAUUCCUGUGCCAGCUACGCUCUGGCCAUGCAGCCCGUUAGACUUCCCUUUAUGGGCUCAGAAUCGGUCAGAUUUUUCUAGUAAAAAUUACAAUGUGCU